AUGGUCAAUUUGAAUAAUCUGGCGACUUCAUUGGAAGUUACUGCCACCGACUUAGAAACCAUUGAACCAACCGUAUUGGAGAAGAUAAACGCCAAGCUGCUCUCCUCCGAACAGGAGAAGGAUAGACUGAACGCUACCAUUGAUAAUUUUAAAUCUAAAAUGUCCUCGCAGUUUGAUACUGUGAAGAAUGAUCUUGAACUACUCCAGAAAGAAAAAGAAUUACUUAUUCAGGAUAAAAAGCAAUUAGAGAGCAAGUGUAUUCAAUGGGAACAGCAAUAUGCCCAACAUCAAGACAUAAGUAAGACCGACCUAGCGUCGGAUGAUGUGAUUAAAGAGAAUGAAACUUUCAAGAGGGACCAUCAACUCCUAACUUCAGACUUAAUGAACCUAUCAAAAAAGUUAUCAAGCUGUGAUGCAGCAUUGGAAAAAAAAUCAACCGCCUAUUUAGAAUUGCAAAACGAUAACAUUGACAUACGGACUCAAUUGAAUAACUUUAAAUCAGAAACUAAAGGAUUGAAAUCAAAAUAUGAAAGAAAGGUCAAAGAUUUUGAAGAGCUAAAGAAUGCUUACUCAUCGAUGAAGACAUAUGAAGAAACAUCAAGAAAGGAACUUUCAGAGAUGUCAAAUAAAUUUUACACCUUAAAAACUUCAUCUUCAAAUGAACUACGAAAUGCUAAAGACGCUCUCCACUCUCUUGAAAAGCAAUAUGAACUACUGCUUGAGGAAAAUAAAGCUUUCAAAGAAAGAAAUAAUGAAUUGACUACCACUGUAUCGGAUGAACUAUUCAAAAAAAAAUCACUAGAAAACGAUCUCAAUGAACUUAAGGAAAGUUUUACACGAGAAAUGACAUUAACACAACAUGAAAAUGAUUUAUUGAAAGAGCAUAUUGAAUAUCUAAAGAACACCACAAAGGAAACAACUGGUGGAACUAGUACUUUGGAGAAGGAUAGACUGCUUCACGAAUUGGUAGACAUUAAGAAAUCAUUGGAGAAAUCAGAACUGGAAAACGUCCACCUAAAUGACUUUAUUGAACAGUACUUGACUGAGAAUGAAGAAUCGACAAGUGAUAAUGAAUUGGUAUUACUCAAGGAACAACUAAUUAAGGAGAAACGUCAAAAGGAUUACCUACAAGAACAAGUUGAAUUGUUUGUCAUAGAGUUGGAAAAUCAAUUACCUACGGUGAAUUCCUUAAAGGAUAGAAAUCAAACAUUAGAACAAGAACUAAUGCAAAUUACGGGUCUUUUGGAAGAGACAGAAAGGGAAAGUGAUAUAAGAAUAAAAGAGUUAACUACCGAGAAUAGAAGGCUUAAGGAGCAAACAGAAAAUAUUAAUGUGCUAAUGAGCCAACGUGUUGACCUUGCACAUCAGGUUCAGUUUUUACUAUUAAAUCUGGACUUGAAAAAGCAUCAACAACAUUUAUUAACUCCAGAUGAGAUUACAUUCCUAAGAAAGAUAAUAAAAAGUCGAAACAGUCAAAAUGACAGUGAUUCUCAAAAGAUUAUCUCAGAAAGAUUAGUGAAAUUUCAUGAUAUAUCGGUCCUUCAAAAACAAAAUAUGGAACUACUAACAACCACUCGGAACCUUGCCGAACAAUUGGAAUCUAGUGAUACAAAAUCUGUUCAGAAAAUAACAAGAAAUGAAUCCAAGGAAAAGAUAGCUAAACUGCAAGAAAGCAUAAAUGGAUUAACUUCAAAGCUUGAAAAACUCCAAAAGGAAAAGGAUGCGUACAAACUACUAUCGCUUCAGAACACUGGAGAACAAACUCCUACUGAAGAAUUAAGAUCACAAUUACAAAAGAAGGAAGAACAAUUGACUAAAUUGGAAAGAAUGUCGUCGUUGGAUUCUCAUCUCGCAGAAGAAAAGGCUAAGGUACUAAAUCAAUCUAUUAUUAAACUGAAGAAAGAAAAAUAUGAUCUAAAUAAUGCCAUAAUAAAAGAGACUUCCCAACGAGCAAUUGCGGAAAAGAAGAGUAAAAUGCUAGAGGAUAGUUUAGAAUUACUUCAUAAGAAGUAUGAUUUGGCGGUCAAGAAAUACGAACAUUAUGAAACGCUGUUAAAUGACCAUAAUGCUGAAAAUAUAAAACAUUCCCGUGAAAAUGAAACGACCCAAGCUAAAAUAUCUAUAUUACAGAAGGAAAUCGAAUCUUAUAAACAGAACCUCUUACAAUAUUCAAAAGAUAAUGAAAACACCCUUUCUAAGCUUGCAGCCGCUACUCAAGAGAAAGAGACCUUAGGUUCCAGAUUAUCAACAGUAAAGAAUGAGUUAGAGCAAAAGAUAAAUUUGAUGCAAGAACGCGAAACUUAUUAUAAAGAACAUGACAGCAUAUCUGAGAGAUUACUAAAAAAAUCAAAAAUUCAACUAGAAGAUAAGAUUAAAGAAGUUAAGGAUUUUGAGGCAAAGAAAAACUCCCAAAUCAACUGGUAUCAAAAGAGACUCGAUAGUUUGACUACCACUAAUGAUAAACUCCAAGUUGAACUAAACAAAGAACUCACCAAAAUAAACAUUCAAAGAUUGAAAAUUAGUGAUUUAGAAAAGACGCUAUCUCAAAAUACUAAUGGAUCGUCAUCAUUACCUAGGGUUGAUCAAGAUUUUGAGAAAUUGAAGAAUGAGCUUAAGGAAAAACAAUUGGAAAUAAACCAAUAUCGCGACCUUUUGAACUUAGCGGAAGAGACUAAGAAUAGACUGCAAAAAGAUCUCAACAAACAACGACAGAUAGUUGAUGAUGCAAUGGAAGGAAAGGAGCAGUUGGAUCAGCAACUUGCCGAACUAACUCAAGAGUGUUCUUCGAUGAACUCACUUUUACAGAAGCAAAAGGCCAAAUGCGAAGAUGACCAAAAGAUAAUACAAGAUAAGGCAACCGAAACUGAGAAUCUUAAGAAUAGUUUAAGCUCUCUGGAAAAUAAAAUUACAACUUUGGAAAACGAGAUGGUUGAGAAAACUAAGUCCUUUGAAGAGAAAGAAAAUACUUAUAAAGAGCAGCUACAUAAACUGUCUGAAUCGUCUACACUGAUAGAAAAAAUGGAAGCUGAAAAUAAGGCGUACAAAACUUCGUUAGAUGGAUUAAAGGCCAAUAUUGCGGCAUACGAGGAUGCCAUAUCAGCAUAUAGACAGAAAUUAUUAGAUGAGAAGUUUAACCAUGAGCUCCAAGUCGAUGAGUUUAAAGAAACUAUAGAUAAUUUAAAUUUCCAAAUACACAUUCAGAAGGGAAAAAGAUCAUUCAUAACCUCCGAGGGAUCGACAACAUCAAAUGAUACCGAUGAAACGGUCGUCAAUGAUACUUCUGAUAAAAAUGAACUGAUACUUGCACUACGUCGUGAACGAGAUGGUCUUGAUAUUAAGUUAGACAUUUCGCAACGAGAGGUUUACUCUCUACGAGAACAAGUGGAAAAUUUGAAAAACUCUUUGGAUGAAACGAGACAGUCCUUUAAAGGUCUUGAAUCCGAGGUAUCCGGCGAAAUGACGACCACGGAACAACAUAAGGAAGCCGUUAAACAAUUGAAUGAGCUAAAUACAUUAAAAGAAACCAAUGAACAACUUCAACAAAAACUUCGAGAAAAUGAUAAGGAAAAUAAUAUUAUACACACAAAAUUAGAGCUCUUAAAAAAUGAAAUGAAUCCCUUAAAAGACAAAGUUGAAAGAUUGAAGAAUUCAAUUAUGGAGAAGGAUCAACAAUUAACGCUACUUUCUGAGGAGAAUGAACGUUGGAAACUUAGAUCAAGAGAGAUUUUGAUGAAAAGACAACAAGUUGAUCUUGAGGAGCACAAUAAACUAAUGGAAGAACUUUCAACCCUAAAAACACAACUGGAUACUAAAACCAAAGACAAUGAAGAUUUGAAUGAUAGGUUUAACCGUUUAAAGAAACAAGCGCACGAGAAAUUGGAUGCUGCAAAGGCCCAAAAUGCAUCUCUAACGGCUGAAAUUACUGAUUUAAUAGAUGCAAAAAGCAAAUUAGAAAUUGAUCUAGACGAAGAAAGGAAACGAAUCCAAGAAGUUGAAUCUCAAUUAAAGCAAAAACCAGAUAACCCAGAUGUGAUUACCGCCUUAGAAAAGGAACUCUCGGAUUCGGUAGAGAAUUCAAAGAAGAUUGAAGAAAACUUGCAGGAAACUGUUAACUCCUCGCUAGAACUGAACAAGAAAUUGACAGAAGAAGUUAACUCACUAAAAUCCCAAUUAGAAACCCUCAAGAAUCAAAAUGGAGUAAUAUCUGUUGCUGAUGGAAGUGCCAUCAAUUCGGAAACCAUUGCACAUUUGAAGGAGUCCUUUGAGGUAGAGAAGACUGAGUUAAUAACCACUUUGAAGGAAGAAUUUAAAAAACAAUUAGAGGAAGAAAAGAAGAAGUUAUUAGAAGAGAAAGAGAAAGAAUAUUACGACUCUAAACCAACAGGAGGAUCUGAACCCAUUGAUAUUGAAAAAAUGAAGAGCGAAUGGGAGGAAAAGCAAGAGGAGAUAAUCAUGCAACGAAUUGCUGAUGCAGAAGAAAAUUUGAAGAAGCGAAUAAGGUUACCAUCGGAGGAGAAAAUAAACAGGGUUAUUGAGAAGAGAAGAAAGGAGUUAGAGGAAGAGUAUGAAAAAAAGUUAAAACGCCAGGGACUAACGACUGAAACAGCCAUCGAAGAGGAACUAAGAAAAGAAGUAGAACGUGAACUAAGAGUGAAAUUUGAUAAUGAACUCGCAGAAGUCAAGAAAAAAGCUUUUCUAGAGGGCAAACAACAAUCCCAGAUGAAGACCACAUUACUGGAGAGAAAGUUGUCAAAAUUGGAGUCACAAGCUUCACCAUCCAGGACUCCUGACCUCGAGAGUUCUCAAAAAGAGAAUACAGAAGGAGCCACUAAGACCACCUUAGGUCCCUCAAAAAUAAACCUCCUUCCUUUUUCAAUGUCCAAUACAGAUGAUUCUAUAGAGAAACAAGUUCCACAAGGUGAAAAAGUAUUACAAAUUAAUCGAAGAUCAUUAGAACCAUCGUUUGGUAGCUCCAAUCCAUUCACUUUGCCAACUCAAAAUAAACCGGCUUUUCUAUUUGCUUCCAACAACCAUUCACAGACCAAGAAGCAGGAUGGCUUGCCAAUUAAUAAAUCUCCAUUUCAAACGACGUUAUUUGCGCCAUUUUCUAGCAAGACCACAACUCCUAACGGAACGCCAACCUUGAAGCGUUCAGUUGAAGAAGUCGACAACGACGACAACAAGGAUACUAAGAAAAUAAAAGAUUGA